GCGACUCUGUGAAUGGGAAUAUCCGCCGACAGGUUUUCUGCAGAAGCCUCUAGCAGGGACCGGCAGGUCUUCCAAGCCAUAAAGCAUCGAUGGCGAACGGCGGCUCGCGGUGAAGCUGCGCACCGUUACCAGGACGACCGGAGAGGGCUGGAUCACAGCGCGUCUCCGACAAAGAGAGAGAGAAAGAGAGAGAGCGAGAAAGGCGGCGAAGAUCGCGAAGGAGGGGUAGGUGGAUGCAGGGGUGUGCAUCUGGGGGAUAGGUGGCUGUCGGAAAUUUCGCAGAGAUGGAGUUCCUGCAGAAUCAUCACGCGAUCAACACCUCCGAGCCGCCCUACACCCUCGGCACAGGUAGCGUGGGUAGCAUCGAGGCGACUAUUUCGUCGAGCCUUUGCCCAGGAUCGUUGGGCGUGCUCUCGGCCGACGACGCUCUAUCAACCGACCAUCAGAACGAGGAGGCGGCAGCUCUCGGCGCUGCUCUGCAAGGUACGCUGCGCCUACAGGAUCUGCAGAGCUCGCCGGAUGACAUCGGCACGGAGCAGGGCCAGCAGUUUUCGACUUCCGGCCAAGCAGUGAACGAAUUCGGGGCCAGCUUCUGGGUCGACGAUAUGGCGGGCUUUCCUCUGCCUCCGUUGGAUCUGGACCCGCUGCCUCCCGGAUUAUUCAGUCCUUGUUCAGGAACGUACAACUGGGGUUGCUCGCGCAGCGAAUGCGUGCCCCGAACGAGCAACGGUGCGAACGGCGAAGGCGUCGCCGACGUUCUGUUGUCCCUGAAACACGCGGUGGUGCAUCCCGGAAGUCCUACCGCCGGUUAUUACUCGACCGGAGCCAGUUCCGCAGCCGCUCAUCACUACUCGCAGGACUAUGUGCAGAAUCUGACACCGGCGGUCCCCGGUCCGGGUCACUAUGGUUCCGCGUCCGCCGCCAUGUCCGUCAACGUGUCAAUGAACAUGACCAUGAACAUGAACAUGCAUUCCGGAUACGAGCAAAGCUAUUCGUCGACGUGGGGCGUGGAACCCCUUCUAAGUCCCGCCCCUCAGUAUGGCAAUCCGGUCGAGGCGACGGCGCAGACGACCACGAGAGUGAAUCAAGGCGCGCCGGCCAAUAGCGGUCUGAUCGGCCAUCCCCAUUCUCACCCUCAGCCGCAUCACGGUAGUGGCCGGCUGCAACUCGGGGGUGAACACGCGAUUUGCGUGGGUACAGGACCGAGUACCGCGGGCGGCGUCACCUCCGAGGACAAUGGCAGACCCAAUUUGUGCAGAAUAUGCGGGAAAUCGUAUGCCAGGCCUAGCACCCUCAAAACUCACCUGCGCACUCAUUCCGGAGAAAAACCGUUCAGAUGUCACGCAUGCUCGAAAGCGUUCAGCCAAGCGGCAAAUCUGACCGCCCACGCAAGAACGCACUCCGGCGAAAAACCGUUCCGAUGUCCGGUGUGUGACAGGAGAUUUUCGCAAAGCAGCUCGGUCACCACGCAUAUGAGAACGCACUCGGGCGAACGACCCUAUAGGUGUCGAUGCUGUAAAAAGGCGUUCUCCGACAGCUCGACGCUUACCAAACACUUGCGAAUUCAUUCCGGCGAGAAACCGUACCAGUGUAAGCUGUGUCUGCUUAGAUUUAGUCAGAGCGGUAAUCUCAAUAGGCAUAUGAGAGUCCACGGUGGUUCCAUGACGUGACACAGUCCUGUAUCAGCGCAGUCCACGAUGAUGAUCAACGACGCCAGCAUGGCGCAUCAGCUGCCCAGAUGCUGUCGCAUACCUGUGAUCCGAUUGAGAACAAACUCUCCGGAAAAAUAAAAAAAAAAAUAAACACAAAGAAAAAAACAAUGUGUAUACUGAAAAGCAGUAUAAUUAACGUACCAAAGUAACUGCAAAUUCA